UUUGACUAAAGUUGUCAAGUAGCUGUCAGCUGACCGUCUUGUGACAUUUCGACAAAAUUGAUAAUCUUGUGAGUUGGGUUGGUGCGCUUUUGCAGGAAGCACGUAAAAAACCACCAAAAUGACGACUUUACAAAAAAUGGGGGAUGAGGAACGCGAGUCCAAGUUCGGAUACGUGUUCGCGGUGUCCGGUCCCGUCGUUACGGCCGAAAAAAUGAGCGGCUCUGCUAUGUACGAGCUGGUGCGAGUAGGUUAUUCAGAGCUGGUGGGUGAAAUUAUCCGUUUGGAGGGUGAGAUGGCCACCAUCCAGGUAUAUGAAGAAACUUCUGGUGUGACAGUUGGUGAUCCAGUUUUGCGUACUGGGAAACCGCUGUCCGUGGAGUUGGGGCCGGGUAUCAUGGGUUCGAUUUUUGAUGGUAUCCAGAGACCGUUGAAGGACAUUAACGAAAUGACACAGAGUAUUUAUAUCCCGAAGGGUGUGAACGUGCCAGCGCUGUCUAGAACCACCAAGUGGGACUUCUCGCCCUUGAAUAUCAAGUUGGGAUCGCAUCUGACUGGGGGUGAUAUUUAUGGUAUUGUUCAUGAGAAUACUUUGGUUAAGCAUAAGAUGUUGCUACCCCCAAGGGCUAAAGGGACUGUGACGUAUAUGGCCGAGCCCGGAAAUUACACAGUCGACGAAGUCGUCCUGGAGACCGAGUUCGAUGGCGAGAAAACCAAAUACACUAUGUUGCAAGUGUGGCCCGUGCGUCAGCCUCGCCCCGUCAGCGAGAAGCUCCCCGCCAACCACCCCCUUCUCACCGGCCAGCGCGUCCUCGAUUCCCUGUUCCCGUGCGUCCAGGGCGGCACCACCGCCAUCCCCGGGGCUUUCGGUUGCGGUAAAACCGUCAUCUCGCAAUCCCUGUCCAAAUAUUCCAACUCCGACGUGAUCAUCUACGUCGGGUGUGGAGAAAGAGGCAACGAAAUGUCUGAAGUAUUGCGAGACUUCCCCGAGCUGACUGUCGAAAUCGAAGGGCAGACGGAGUCCAUCAUGAAGCGUACGGCGCUGGUAGCCAACACCUCCAACAUGCCUGUGGCGGCUCGUGAAGCCUCCAUCUACACCGGCAUCACCUUGUCCGAGUAUUUCCGUGACAUGGGUUACAACGUGUCCAUGAUGGCUGACUCGACAUCGCGUUGGGCCGAAGCCUUGAGAGAAAUUUCGGGUCGUUUGGCCGAAAUGCCUGCCGAUUCCGGCUACCCGGCGUACUUGGGUGCCAGAUUGGCGUCGUUCUACGAACGUGCCGGCAGAGUUAAGUGCUUGGGUAACCCAGAUCGAGAGGGCUCGGUUUCCAUCGUCGGAGCUGUGUCGCCACCUGGUGGUGAUUUCUCAGAUCCUGUGACGUCGGCUACGUUGGGUAUCGUACAAGUGUUCUGGGGGUUGGACAAGAAGUUAGCCCAGCGCAAACAUUUCCCCUCCAUCAAUUGGCUCAUCUCCUACUCCAAAUACACGCGCGCUUUGGACGACUUCUACGACAAGAACUUCCCCGAGUUCGUCGCGUUGCGUACGAAAGUCAAGGAGAUCCUCCAGGAGGAAGAGGACUUGUCUGAAAUCGUGCAACUGGUCGGUAAAGCAUCGCUCGCCGAGACUGAUAAAAUUACCCUUGAGAUUGCCAAACUUCUCAAAGAAGAUUUCUUGCAACAGAACUCGUACUCGUCGUACGACAGGUUCUGUCCGUUCUAUAAGACGGUGGGUAUGUUGAAGAACAUGAUUGGUUUGUAUGACAUGUCACGACAUGCCGUUGAAAGCACAGCGCAGUCUGAGAACAAGAUCACGUGGACUGUGAUCAGGGAUUCCAUGAGCGCCAUUUUGUAUCAGCUGAGCAGUAUGAAGUUCAAAGAUCCCGUCAAAGACGGCGAAGCUAAGAUUAAGGCAGAUUUCGAUCAACUGUACGAAGAUAUUCAACAAGCCUUCAGGAAUUUGGAGGAUUAAAGUAGUUUAAAGUAGGCCAUAUUUAACCUCACUUUUCGUGGUAACAUUGCCGUCUUUCGAUAUUAAUGUACAAUACUAUGUUCAUAACAAAAUUAGUGUAGAUUAGAGGUGAGGGUUUAACGAAGAUGUCCCUUCAUUCCAAUUACGUUUAGAGAAUUUUAUUUUUCAUUGUUUACAUCAGCUUCCAGUAUUAUUUCGGACAUGUUUUAUUUUAUUUUUUGUUAAUUUCUCGCUUUUCGUUUUUCAGUGUUGUAUAUUUUACCAUUUUAUUCAAAACGGCUAAUUGUACAGUUAUCUAUGUAUAUCGUAAGAAGUGUUAGGCUAUUUAGGAAAUAGCACAAGAAAUUGUUUUAUUGUAAAAAAUAAACGCAUUGUUGUUUCA